AUGGACAGUUCCCAGGCGCCGCUGAUUGCGAGCCAUAGUGAUGAAGAGGAGGAGCUUGAAUAUGCGACCGAAGGGUCAAGGUCUCCCGUUGAAGCGGGCAAGACGGGAAGCGGAAUGCCUAGCACAUUUGUCCUGGCCCUGACUUUCGCCGCCGGUAUAAGCGGUCUACUUUUUGGAUAUGACACGGGUGUCGUAUCUGCUACCCUCGUUUCGAUAGGAACCUCGCUGUCGAACCGCGAACUCACCUCGAUGGAUAAAUCGAUCAUUACUUCUUCCACGUCGCUAUUCGCCCUGAUAAUAUCGCCGUUUUCCUCCGUUCUCGCCGAUCGCCUUGGACGCAAGCACGUCAUCCUCUACGCCGAUAUUCUCUUUAUUGCGGGCGCCCUACUACAAGCAUGGAGCUCCACGGUUCCGAUCAUGGUCGCAGGACGAUGUAUUAUCGGCGCAGGAGUAGGCGCAGCCAGUUUCGUCGUGCCGCUGUACAUUGCUGAGGUGGCGCCCGCUGCGCACCGAGGGCGUCUGGUUACGCUAAACAUUAUGUUUAUUACCUUGGGUCAGGUAAUCGCCUACAUCGUGGGAUGGGCCUUUUCGACAUAUGGUUCCCCAGCGACAGGAUGGCGAUGGAUGGUAGGGUUGGGUGCGUUGCCUGCGAUUCUACAGGGAGGCAUGAUCGCAUUUAUGCCCGAGACGCCGCGAUGGUUGGUGAAGGUUGGUAGAUCCGCCAUGGCUAAGGAAGUUAUUCGACGAGUAAACGGCGAUACAUUACAACACAACGCGGAUGCAGUUAUCAAAGAAAUCGAGCUCGAAGUACGAGAAGAGCACGAGGCGGAACGAUUGCGUGAUCAUCAGGCAUCUGGACGGUGGGAGUGGCUGGGUAGAUGGGGAAUACUUGUCAGCGAAGGGAGAAACCGCAGAGCCUUGGCUAUCGCGUGUCUGCUCCAAGGACUGCAGCAGCUUUGCGGCUUUAAUUCACUGAUGUACUUCUCUGCGACCAUCUUUACAGUUAUUGGCUUCCAAAGCCCUACGCUUACCUCGAUGGUAGUUGCAGUUACGAACUUUCUCGGCACUGUUGCUGCGCUGGGACUCGUUGAUCGCAUAGGCCGGAGAAGGGUGCUACUGUACUCGAUACCGUUCAUGAUCGUUGGUUUGUUGCUGUCGGCGUACGGCUUCUCGUUCCUUUCGCUGGCAACAGGAAUCAACACGACAGCCGGCGAACCUCCCGCCACGGCAGGACACGAAAUGGCGGCCCUCACCAUCCUUGUGAGUAUCAUGGUAUACGUCGCAGCGUACGCGCUGGGUCUCGGUAACGUCCCCUGGAUGCAAAGCGAGCUAUUCCCAUUGGCGGUUCGAUCGCUCGGUAGCGGUGUAGCAACGGCGACGAGUUGGGCUGCCAAUUUUGCUGUAGGGUUGACGUUCCUUCCAUUGAUGGACCUGUUGAGUCCAUCUUGGACGUUCGUUUUGUAUGCGAUUAUAUGUUGUGGUGGGUAUUUCUUGGUAUGGCGCAUCUAUCCCGAGACGGCAGGGUUGAGUCUUGAAGAAGCGACAGCCCUGUUGGACGACGGUUGGGGCGUGCGAUGA